CCUUGAGGACUGGAGUUUGACACUUGUGCUUUAUCUGAACACAUUAAGGUUGAAAGAAACGCUUUCAACCAACCCUUUGUGAUGUGGUCAACAUAUCAUUGGAUGCGGUACCUUCCCGCGGUUGGUUGUUUCGCUUCGGACGCAUUUAAGGGCCGCACCGUAACAUCAGCUAGCAUUCCAAUGGCUAAUUUGACUGUCUCGGCAGAUUGUUUUUCUGAAUAAUUACUGUCUCAGCGUCAUAACUCAGGACUCAACAUGGACAAAGAAGGCACUGAGCGAUCCGACCUGGUGUCUGAGGACGGGAAGAACAUCAAAUCUGUCCUGUGUCAGCGGUGCGGGUCCAAGGUGUUGUGUCCUGGGAUGGCUGUGUUUGCUGAAAACGAGCUGUUCCUGCCCUCCAUGCGGAAAAAGAGCAGCCUCAGCAACACCGAGGGCUCAGUUGACGGUGACACUCUGACGGCUCACUGGUUGGUGGACGACAUGUUCAGUUUUGAGAACGUGGGCUUCACAAAAGACGUGGGAAAGAUCAAGUACCUGAUCUGCGCAGAUUGUGAGAUCGGACCAAUCGGAUGGCACUGUUUGGAUGACAAGAAAAAAUUUUACGUCGCUUUGGACAGAGUGAAUCAUGAAUAAUGCUGGUGCAGAUGUGAGCCUAAUGGACUUCAGGAAGGUUGUGGCCUGCUAUGCAUUCCUUCGUGGAUUUCCCCCCAUAAAUUGACCCUGACUUAAUCCGUCAUUGACACGUGUGAAGAAACGGCUGUGUGUAAACGGUUUGGUAUAAGAUUGUGCCACAUUCAUUCUUAACAUUCUCAUAAGACUCACUAAUAUUAUAAUAAAAGUAUUGAAAGUUGA